GUUAAAAAAAUAGUCGAGAUUACCAAAGUAUUUCGCGCUCGAGUUGCAAACAACAUUUUUUCUACAAACGUCAAAAAAUAUAGUUCUGAAGUAAAAAUAUGCUUAGCUUGAUAUCAAAAAUAGUGUUGAACUGGCUUAAAAAGACCUCCCCCUAUCCUCCCUAGGUACGCACGAUGUUCCAUGAGCAUAAUAGGAAUUUCCUUUCGUGCGCUCCAAGAAAUGAAACAGAGUUUUUGUUGAACAUUCAGGAAUAAAUGAUUUCGUGGAUGUUUGUUCGAUUGAGGACCAUGAAGUUGAAAUAUAAAUAUCUCAUAUAUUUUACAUAACAAUGCGCGAAGUAGGUACUUCGCGCACUGUUUUACUUCGCGCACUGCUUCGCACAUUGUGACGUGGUAACGUAGGAAACUGAAAAAAAGUGUCACUUCGCAAUUUGUUAUCAAUGCGCGAACCUUGUCAUUUUUUGACGUUUGUAGAAAAAGUAUUUUUGUUGACAAUUUUCACCAAGAUGGUAUCAGAUACCGUAAAAACAGCUAACGGUUGCUUUUUUAAGGAUGGAAAGAAAAGAGCAGAUUUCGUUUUGGUAAUUGAUCCUGAUAAGCUGGAUGAAUUGCAGAUAUUCAUCCAUAAUUUGGAAACAGUAGGAUUGGAAUUUGAAGGAGCCAAAGGAAAAUCCAUUGAGAAGACGUUUUUGUUAAUUCACAUCUCCCAAAAAGCUACUGAACACUUUUCCAAAAUGUACGAUAUUGGAAAUGAAGAGAAAAAAAUAUAUGAUGUAAAUACCAAAUACGUUUAUCGUGGAAUUUUCGAAACUCCUCUUUCCAAUCAGCCAGACAAAGAGAAAGGUGAAUUUUUGAGCGCUGAUAGGAUCAUGAUCAUAAGAAUAUUGUUGACAACCACUAAAUUUGGAGAAUCCUCAGAACAUAUUGGUUUGGAGAAAAUGAUGAAAAUUGGCCUUAUUCUAACAGCAUACCCUCUACACGACGGGCCACUGAAGUUGCAUGAUUUUUCGUCAUCGCCUACACACGACAGACAGAUGCUGUAUCGACAUUGGGCCAAUCUCACGGUAUGGUACAAAGAGGUGCCGCUGAACGUCGUCAAACGAUAUUUCGGUUGUGAAAUUGCCUUCUACUUCUGUUGGCUCGAAUUUUUCAACAAAAUGUUGAUUCUUCCCUCCAUCUUGGGAUUCCUGAUAGUUAUUACGAAUAUCAUCGUUCUCUAUGUCAAGACGAUACCUCAAAUCAACGAAAUUUGUCAUUCAGACAAUAUGUUCCUCUGCCCAACAUGUGUGUCUAGUCAUACGUGUGGGUUCAAACCCCUUUCUAGUCUUUGUGACUUUUCCCAGUGGAAUUACGUAUUUGACAACUAUUUAAGCGUCAAUUUCGCGAUAUUAAUGUCAAUUUGGGCAACUCUGUUCAUCAAUUUGUGGCGAAGAAAAUCCAAUGCUUUGAAAUUGAAAUGGGAUGUUCAAUUUGAAGACACCGAAACAAAUAUUAGGUUGAAGCACCUGGACAGUGUGAAAAGAAGAAAAUUCAGUUACAUAACUGGUACAUAUGAACCUUAUAUACCUCUAUUCAAAAUUUUUUUUCGAAUGACUAUCACCAGUUCAAUCUGCUUAUUCAUGAUAUUGCUGGACAUAGCAGCUGUAUUUGGUAUAAUUAGUUUCAAAGUUGCUCUGAAGACGUUUUUUUGGACUAUCAGAUUCUUCAGACCCCAUUCAACGUAUUGGGCUAUGGUUGUGGGUUGCAUUAUUCAAGUUAUUAUCAUCAAAUUAUUUGCUAAGAUGUACGGCAAAUUGUCUAUCUGGCUGACCGAUUUUGAAAAUCCAAGAACUCAAAAAGAGUUCGAUAACUCUGUCCUUUACAAAAGAUAUAUAUUGUCGUUCGCCAAUAAUUACACAUCUUUAUUCUACAUAGCUUUCUUCAAGGGAUAUUUUUAUACAGUACCGCAUACAGAAUCAGCAAUCCCACUCAUCACCAAAGAUUCUUGUAAACCAUUACCUUGUGUGGUAAGACUAUGCAUUCAGAUGUUUUUUGUCAUGAUAUUCAAACGACUAGCUGGGAAUGUUCUAACACUAUUAUAUCCACAAAUAAAAAAAUUUAUAUGGAGGGCAUUGAGAAAGAGCGAAAAGAAACCGUCAGAAGAAGAAGAAGAAGAAGAACUAUUGCCACAGUAUGAAAUAGAAUAUAAGUUACUGCCAACAAACCGAUAUUUUUUAACAACAGAAUUCUCAGAAAUGGUUAUCCAAUUCGGCUUCGUGACCUUUUUCGUGGCAGCAUUUCCGCUGGCACCUCUAUGCAGCUUGCUCAACAACAUUCUGGAGAUGCGCCUCGAUGCCUUCAAAAUGAUAGCUUUGUAUCGGAGACCGUUGCCUAGAAAAGCGAGCGGUAUUGGGGCAUGGGACGGCGUUUUGUUAGGUCUGACCUAUAUCAGUUGUGCCACUAAUGGGAUGGUUAUAGCAUUCACCAGCGAUUUUGUGUCCAGGAGGCAGUACUUCAACAAGUUCUCCCAUCUCAGAGGAUUCGUCAACCAUACACUUUCAGCUUUUGCAACAGAAGACAAUCCAUUAUACAACGACAUAACACCGAAAAAAGAAAUUUGUUUCUAUAGAGGGAUGAGGUAUCCCCCCUGGGACCCACAUAAGUACGAAAUUACUUCUGAUCAUUGGGUUGAUGUCACUUGGAGAUUAUUUUUUGUUUUGAUUUUUGAGCAUAUUGUUCUGGUGAUGAAUACGGUUUUGUCCUUUGUUUUACCCGAUGUUCCCCAAAUGGUGAAAGACCAAUUGAAUAUGGAUAGAAAACUCGCCAAAGAAGCUAAACUGGCUUUACUUAAUAAAGAUGAGAGACGAUUGUCUGAUGAUACUUCUAGGCAAAGAAAGAAAGAUACCACACAAGUUGGCCCGAUUAGUGGAUAUUCAUAUUGAAAAUAUCAUCGUAUACCUUGCUUUUACCUAUUAUUAUUUAUUAUAUGUUAUACAUAAAAUAUACGAGUUGAUAUUUCG